CAGAGCUCUGUCCGCAGUCACACCGACCCAGACUCAAGCAGAACGGAUUUUUGAAGAAAACUCUAAAACAGCCCCGUAUCUGAGGUUGUCUGACCAGUGGAGAAUAGUGGAGAGUGAGAUCAUUUCCUCCUGCUGUUGUCGGAGAGAGAAAGAGAGAUGUGCUCCACCCUGCUUCUCUCCUUAUCUCUGUUCAUCUUCUAUGUGGCCUGUACCCCACAUUUCCACGGUCACCAUGGGAGGAGAGUGUGUCUGAGGGAUGUGAGCAGUAGUAAUGGUGUGUCCUUCAGUACAGAAUCAUACGUGCAGCCUGUUCACAAACCUUACAUCACACUGUGCCAAGACCACCGACUCUGCAGCACAUACAGGACGGUGUAUAAGGUUUCUUACAGGCAGGUGAGCAGGGCUCACUCUCUCUCUCAUUAUUACCCACAAUGUUGUCCAGGAUGGCGACGAUUCCACUCCCACAACUGUAACCAAGCAGUGUGUAUGCAGGCAUGUCUAAAUGGGGGAACGUGUCUGAAACCCAAUCACUGUGCUUGCCCCAUGGGCUGGAUGGGCCACCUUUGCCAAACAGAUGUGGAUGAGUGCAGUGAGCAGCAUCACUGCUCUCACGUGUGUGUUAACACAGCAGGGAGUUAUCGGUGUGUGUGUGGGGAUGGAUUCGGUUUGGCCGAGGACGGUCGAACUUGUCGGAGUCUUCCUGCACCUUCUCCUCAUUCUCCUCCUCCUCCUUCCCCUCCUCCUGCCGUGAAAAACCAGCCCAAAGAAGACAAGACCUUCCCCUCUAAGACUGACACAGGUUUGGGGUUGGUGGAGAAUGUGACAGAGGAAGUUCAGAUUCUGAGGAACAGAGUGGAGCUACUGGAACAGAAGCUGGAGAUGGUCUUGGCUCCCAUCUCCAGUCUUUUCCCUCUGUCCCUGGAUGAGGACAGGAGCAACUUCUUGUCCGAGAAGACCAGUUUCCUGUCUCACUCGCUGCGGCAGCUGGAUCGUAUUGACUCUCUGAGCGAACAGGUCGGAUUCCUGGAGGAACGUCUUGGCACCUGUUCCUGCCAAGAGAACUAGGUCAUCACAGUCAUAUCUUCUUGAGUGUCCUUCCCUGCACAGACCAAACUAAUCAACUGCUACUAAACCAGAAAUCAGAUUUGGUUGCAGUUUCCCCCAAAGAACCUACAACUCAAUGGUGCGAGCACAUCACAUACAUUCAAGAGGACAGGUGAAAGCACAAUAAAUACAUUCAAAAACACCAAACAUUGACUAUAAUCAAACAAGGUGUAUUCAGUGUGUAUUAGCAAGACCUCAGCCUGUCUUCCUCUGUUUUUGUCUUUGUAUUGUUUACCUUUUAGCUGAGUAAGUGCAUCCAGCUGAUUCCUGUCCCUGAAGUUUGGGAGAAUUCUUGUAUUUAUGUAUUUAUAAUUUGCAUUAUUUCCUAUGCUGCCUUUCUAAAACAGUUUGGACAGAGAACAACUGCAUCCAUGUAAGGGUUUUUAAGGGCCAUUUUGAACU